AUGACAGCAACCGAAAGAGUGCCAGCUGGCAAGAAGAAGAUAUUCUUGAACAGUUAUGAUGGCCCGACUUACAGACUGGUAUCUGCGAACCCAGCACGCGAUUGUACACCGGAUGAGAUCCCCAUCAUCGACCUCGAAGGGAUGAACGGCGACCUCAAUGCCCGCAAGUCUGUUGCCGCCGAUAUAUUGCAUGCGGCGGAGACCAGCGGGUUCUUUUACAUAAAGAACCAUGGCAUCCCCGAACGCGUAACAGAAGAUGCCCAUCGAAAGGGUAUAGAGUUCUUCAAACUGCCCGAGGCGCAGAAGCGAAAGCUGGAAUCGACAACCUCGGCGUACGGCUACUGCGGCUUCCGGGAACGACAGGCCAACCCUGCCGAAACAAAGGACAGGAAAGAAGCUUUCAUGUGCCAUUAUGAGCCUGAGUUCGACCCCCUUCACGAGCAAGCCCUCGAUAGCGUGCCUGCACACGUCAGACAGCACCUUCCCAAAGAGGAUUUCGACUGGACCGACGAAGGGGACUCUGCCGUCCUCCCAGGGUUCAAGUCCUCGGUCCUGGCUCACUGGCGUGCUUGUCUGGCGCUUUCGCGCCGUCUGAUACGGGUCGUCGCCCUGGCCCUCGAUCUUCCCGAGGACCACUUUGAUCACCUCACGACGUAUCCCGGCGGUGAUUUUGCAAUCAAUUUCUACCCUGGCCACGGUGACGAGCCUGUCCAGAACCCCGACGAGGUCGGUGUCGGUGCGCACACGGAUCUGCAGAUUUUGACGCUGCUGUGGCAGGAUGGGCAUAGGGGCCUGCAAGUGCUCAACAGCGCGGGGGAAUGGAUGUGGGCGCCGCCAAUCCGCGGCACAUUCGUCGUCAACAUUGGCGACUUCUUCAUGCGGAUGACCAAUGACAGACUCAGCUCGACAGUUCAUCGGGUUAUCCAGCACGGCAGGGAAGACAGGAUCUCGAUGCCCUUUUUCUUCGGUACAAACCCCUCUCUUCAGCCUCUCAAGGACGAGGUCAUGGGCCUCCCGAGUUUCAACUUUGACCAGAAACUUGGCGUUCUGCCAACCUGCGUCGAUGAGAGCAACCCGGCCAAGUAUGAGCCUGUUACGUGCGGUGAGCUUAUUGCAAGACGAUUGGCCCUGGCGGAAAAUACACGCUAG